AAGAAACGGAUUGUUUGUUAACAGAGGUAACUUAAACCGCCUUUGUUUCUUUCUUUCUUCUUCCUUCCUUCUUCGGUUCUUCUUAAUUGAAAUCGAAAACUCUCUCUCAAUGGGUUCUACAACUCGAGAUCUCUUCUUCGUAAUCAUCGCUCUCUUUGCUUCGAUCCUCUUCCUUCAGAUUUCAUCGUUACCGGAUCCGUCUUUUUACGAUUACCUCCGUGAGAGCAACCUCCCCGCCGGUAUAGUUCCAAAGGGAGUUACUAAUUUCUCGAUCGACGUCAAUACGGGGCGUUUCACUGUUGCUCUUCCGGUUCCUUGCGAUGCUAAAUUCGAGAACCAGUUCCACUUCGACUACAACAUCUCCGGCGUUUUAUCCGAUGGACGGAUCGGGAAUCUAUCUGGUGUGACGCAGAAGGAGCUGUUCCUUUGGUUUGCUGUCAAAGGGAUACAUGUUGAUCCGGAGAGCUCUGGGUUGAUUCACUUCGAUGUUGGUGUUGCUGAUAAGCAGCUUUCUCUUUCCCUCUUUGAGUCUCCUCGAGAUUGUACUGCUGCGGCGGAAUCUAAACACCGUGCUCUUGAUCUCUCUAAGCCUCGUGAUUUCGAGAAGCAAACUGAAGAUACUCAAUCCACAAUGCAGAAGCGAUCCGAAGAUAUCCAAUCGAUCUUUGGAACAGGAAGAAAUCGUUGGACAAUACCAUCAUAGGAUUAUUUUUGAUCGAGGCUUAGAAGGAAAAUGCUAAUUCCCCUGGUGAUGUCUUGUGUGUAUGGUGGUGACUUGUAAAAAGUUUGGCUUUUAGUUUGGUUUUAUAUACCAUAUCAUAUAGUAUCAACAGAGUAUUAUAAGCUUUCAAUAACUGCAAUAGACUAAACUUAGGAGGUAUGGAUAACGUUUGGUUUUGCCUUAAAGAUGAUUAGGGGUUAUAAGACAUAUAUAUAUAUAUGCUUGUGGAUUUUUUAUGAGACACACUGCUGUGUUUUGUUAUCACACUCUUUUAUUGGAUUUUUGGUUGUUGAGCA